AUGUCUCCAAUGGCGAUUCAUUACGUCGAACGAAACGGCUCCGAUCCUAGUAUCACUAGGCAUAGUGCCCCGGAGCCUACUAUUCCGAGGCUGGAUGACCAUGAACAUGCAGCUUCGGAGUCUAGUUCUUCUAGAUCUAGUAGCUCGAAGCCUAGUACCCCAGAACAAACUGUUGCCGAGCUAGUCAAGCCAACCGACGGAAAGAAGCCGAGGGAGGGAGACACGCCGGUGUACGUCCCGCGUGCGGACCGACUGAAUCAAACUCCUAGCAAGGGAAAUGCACAGGGCCUCUUUCUUCCGGACUGUUGUGUUUUUGUGGGAAACCUCUCCAUCAAGGUUUCUCCCGAAAAGUUGGAAGAAGAUCUUACAGAUAUGAUCUCUGCAUUUGGCCGGUGUCAUGUUAAGAUCAAACUGUCACAGGGGUUGAAGAAACUACCUGUUGGCUUUGUACAAUUUGAAGACACCAAAGCAGCAAACGCUGCAUUGAAACAAAAUGGAAAUCUGAUGCUCCAUAAUCGAGUGUUGAGAUUGGAAUCAUCCAAGGCUAGACGAACUGCCAACUUCGGUUAUCUCUCUGAUGCCCCCAUCGAAAAAUCUGAAGUCGUCGCUGCCCUGAAGGGACGUGGUAGCCUUGAGGGUAUCGGCAUUGAACACUUUGUCAACCAAGACGGAGUCAAGUCUACCUUUGGCGUUGUCACUUUCGCAUACCCCGAUGAUUACGCAGAUGCCCUCCAGCAUUUCCAAAACAACCCCGAUUACUAUAUGACUAGAUCCAGUAUGGACCCCAACAACGACAGCCAGCUUGCUCAGGAUUACCCUCCUGCAGGACACAGGCCAUCUAACCAACCUCCCCCAAACCGUGGCAAUCAGCAGCGAUACAACAAUGGUCGCAGGUCCUUCCAUCGUCCAUGGUUCAGCGGCAGCAACAACAACAGAGGCGGAUUCCGAAAUGCUCCUGGUCCUGCCCCCAGAAACCAAAACGCACCCUUUGCAAAUCAUGGUCACAGUCAAAGCUUCAAUGGUCAUGGCCAUUCGCCUCACGGCUCUUUCCAUCAGAACUACCCCGGUGGCCAGGGUUUCCCUCAGAACAACUUCAACCAGGGCUAUCCCAACCCCAACUUCAAUCAAAACUUCCCGGGCAACUUCCAUUCGAACUAUCAGGGCAACAACUUCCCCCAGAACUACCCCAAUCAAAACUUCGUAGCUGCGGGUGCCUUUCCCAAUCCCCCUGUUGUGUUCAACCAAAUGCAAAUGCAUGAGGGCCCACCCCCGCCAUAUCACACGGAGUACACUGCUAUGCCAACCCAAGGGUUUCCUGUGUUCUUGGGCAAUCAAUCAUACCAGCCUCCCAAUACUCUUCCUCCAAUCAUCACUCAGCCCCAGCCCGUUGCUGGUCCUGUUGCUGCUUCGGUUCCCGGUCGCCGGCGACUGCCCCCUCGUCCCGACUGUCCCUUGAUUGUCUCCAGUCAGCCCCAGUUUGACACCGAACAUCACAGGCAGCUCUAUUACGAACCCUAUCCCACUGAGGAACCCGUCGCAAGUAUGCAGCCAGGUUGGACCGGUUACCCGGGUGUCUGUUUCGCGCAGCCUGACUACAACCAGCCCUACCCGCCUAACCCAUAUCCUCGCAGUCGUCAAUCUAGCAUGGAAAGUCAGCAGAAUAUCAACUCGCCGCCUAGAGCAAACGAAUGCGAGUCCGCCUUGAUGCAGACUAAAGUCCAGGCCCCCGACAUGGAGAGAGGUCGCCAACUAGUUCGACCACACCACUCCAAUACCGAUGGAGGCUGUGACAUGGCUCCAGUGUCUGUCCCUGCUAAAGCCCAGAGUGACCCCGUCUCCGUACAAGCUCUGGAUAGUUCCCCGGCAAGACUUAACACGGCAUAUGCGAGCAAGUCCGCUGAUGCUCAAAUUGAGCCCGCCGCACCUGUGGAGGAGCCUGCCGAGCCUGAGAACAAACCCACCGAACCUGAGACCGAGCCCAACCCGCCUCAGGCCGGAUCCACAUGUGCUCCAACUCAUGACAAAACAAAAGAAGAGUUGGUUGAUGAAACCAAGCCACCAUUGAAAAUUGACACUAAGAAUGAAGAAAGUGCUGGGUCCUCCUCCGAGGCCGGCCCCAAGACACCAGACACCGACGAGUCUCGGGAAAGCGCUAAACUUCAGACUCCAGCCAAAGAUGACUCACUGAAAUCAGGCGAUACCAAGACCCCUGAUACCGUCGAGACCCUCAAGGCAGUCGACAAGGACACCCCGGACAAAGGCAAGUCCCCGGAAGUAGUCACGCCCACUCCAACCAAGAGUGGCGGCAGAAGACUCGAGCCCGCAGUGCCACAGGACAAGUACCAACUGGCCCGCCAUGCUUUUCAGCAUCGCAAACCCCUCAAGAAAAAAUACCGACCCAAGACCGACACCGGUAAGACAGUUGAGCAGUACACCCGUGAGGUGAAUACGCAGCGCGCCUCGACCGACCCUGACUCGCGUGUCCCUGAGCAUCUCCUGCAAGAGGUCAUCCAAGAGCUCGAGAAUGAGCGCAGAGAUAAUAUUCGGAAGAGCCGAGGUCUCGGUCCCAGUGAUAAGAGCAGCGUUGACAGUGGUACUUCUUCGAAGAAGUAG